CUUGUGGCUUAAAAAAAUAUGUAAAAUAACACUGCAACAGUAGUUUCACUUUCAAAUCUAAAUUGAAGAUGGGUAAUUCACUGAACUAUUUUAAUAGUAGAGAAAACAAUAAAGCUGAAAGAGUAUCCGGAAACAAAAGAAAACGUGAUGAAUGCCCGGAGCUGAAUAAUGCAGGACUUGAACUUUUAAAUACCCCCAAAAGAAAGAGGAUCAAGUCAACAUCCAAGUAUAUAUACCAGACUUUGUUUCUGGAUGGGGAAAACAGUGAUGUCACCCUGCACGUUUUAGGGCAGGAAUGGAAACUUCACAAGCUCUACUUGAAGCAGUCUCCAUACUUUGCAAGCAUGUUCAGUGGUGCUUGGAAGGAAUCAGACAUGCCGAGAAUAGAACUGGACAUAAUUGAUGAGAACAUCACAUGUGAGGCCCUGAAGAUAGCGUUUGGAUCUCUGUACAAGGAUGACGUGUUCAUCAAGCCAGUCCAGUUGACCAGCGUGAUUGCCACGGCGACACUGUUGCAGCUGGAAGGUUUAUUGCUGCAGUGUCAAGUCAUGAUGAAAGACACAUUAAGCUCAGCCACUGUGUGUGAUUAUUACUAUGCCUCAUGUUCCUAUGGACUGAAGGAUGUGAGCAUACAGUGCUUAGACUGGCUUACAAGAAACAUUCUGAUAGCAGCAAACCUGACCUUCAUCAAGGAUGUUACGGCUGACCUGAUGAAGACUGUGAUUGCCAGUCCACACCUUGUAGUGAUACAGGUUGAGAUUGAUCUCUAUACACUCUUGAAGAAGUGGAUAUUCCUUAUUCAUAACAAAUCCUGGACUGGUGACAAUAAGGAUUUGGUGAAAGCAACAGAUCUUUUCUACAAAGAAAAACAGAGUGAGUGUCCAGGCCUGUGUUAUCUGGAGACAGAUGAAGGCAGGCAGUAUGUGCCAGUGUUUUCAGCCGUACGGUGGCACCAUGUUGUGAAUGAUCUCACGUCCCUCAGGAUGAUUGAAAAUGAGAAGAUAUUACCUCAUAGUUGGCUGGAGCCUAUGUUUCUGUAUGGCUGGAGACGGGUCCUGGCUGUGGAGCAAGGGCAUGACAAGGGGCCUAUAGAAAAGGUUGACAAUGAAGUGUUUAACACAUGCUGUGCCAGAUUUGGUCGCUUGAUACACAAGGCUGGAGAGUACUGCUGGCGGUGGAUAGGUUACAGCUAUGGGGUCGACCUCCUGCUCUCAAUAACAAGCGGGCGAUUGGUGACUGUGAAGAGGAACACUCACACACAGGCUUGCUCCCAGGCAGUCAGUCUGCAGGACCAGAGAUACAUCGCAUACAGACUGACCAUAUGCAGCUUUGACUGUGAUGGGAAGGAGCUGUCCAGAAAGUCCACAGAUGUCAAGCACAUCAGCCUGGGCAAAGAUGAGGAGGAGAUAGCCCUAGUACUGGACUCUGAUCAGAAGUUUCCAAUCUCUGUGAGCAUGAACGUGCUGUUGAUAAGCCCUGGACAGGAACCACUCCCCGGCCUCAAAUAUCCCAACAGAUAGACAGUAUGUGGGGCAAACUGACAGCCAUAGUAGGACACCAUAAUAAACCAUUGGACCCUUUGCUGUAACAGAGUGGGGUUUACAAAUGUAAGGCAGUUACUGGUAGAACUGGCCUUGCCAAACUUCAUUUAACAUAGAAAGGAUAGGUGCUAAAGGACCAUGAUAGUAGCACUAUUGACCUUGUCAUUGUGCUGCUGUGGCUUAUGGGAAUAACAACUGUUCGGCUGCAACUGCUUUUGAGGAAGCCAAACCUUGUUUUAAAAUACCCAAGAUAUGAGCUGCCUCAUACCAAAAUGGGUUUUAUGCCAUAUGCACUAAGCAUAGCUUCAGACUAGCCCGUGAAAUUGCUCUACCCUGUUGACACUUUCCGCCUAAACAAGAUUUUCGGUAAGAAGGGACUUCCUUUAAACAAAAAAUACCAUAAAAGCGGAAAGUGUCGUCCCUGAUUAGCUUGUGUGGACUGCACAUGCUAAUCUGGGACAACAAUUUACGCACAUGCAUUAAGCCCAAUUUUCUCAGAAAAAGACACAUUUGAUAGGGGACAGGAUAGCUCCUUAUCAGACUGCACAAUGUUCAGGCUGGUAUUGAGCUACUAUGGUCACAUAUAUCACAACAACCAUUUUUCAUGAUAAGGAUCAUUUAGUACAGUUAUCAGCUGUUGAUAAUUGGUACAAUUUCUUCCAGCUUUUUGUUUAAGUUUUUUCUUCAUUUAAGCUAUGUUAAAUACAAAGGUAAUGUGAGUUUUGAUAACUCUUAUUGAUUCCUAAUUUCCAGCAGUUUAUGUGAAAUUUUCAAAUAUUUUAUGAACAGUUAUGUAAAUGAUGUUCAUGGUAUAUUGAGUAAGUUGCAUUGUCACAAUGUUUAAGUUGUUUUCAAUAUUUUAGAUAGUAACAGAAGUGUUUUAGUGUGAUUUUAUUUAAUUUUAUUUAAAGCACCUAUGUUCUUUAGGGUAUUAAGUAAGCACUAUAAUUAGUGUGUUUUUAUGUGUUUCUUACUAGAUUUAGUUAUUGUGAAAGGUAUGGCAACUGUUCUCUCUGUCAAUAAAAGUUAUAUUCACUUAUUUUAUUUUGAUUUGAAUAUGUUUGAUUUUCAACACGGUUAAUAAACAUGUUUGGAAUGUAAAUGGUGCUGCUUUAUAUUUAAUACUUGAUAUAUACAUGCAAGUAUGGCUUUGUUUAUAUAUUUGUUCAUUUCAUGAAUAUCCAAUCACAUCACAAAGUGCAGUCUCAUUAAACUGGUUUUACUGUGUCAGAUUUUAUUUGGUUGACUCCAUUCUCUCUCCCAAUUAUGAAAUGGAUUAAAUUGGACCAUUUAUUAAUAUAGAAUAUGCAACUAAUUGGAAAAUGGAUUAAAUGCUAUGGUAUGAAGUAAGAAAUCACUAAUUAAAUCAGUUUGGUACCUGGGGCCGUAUUCUAGUAGCUUCUUAAGUUUUCACUUAAGUUAAGAAAUUUCUUAAAUAAAUUUCUUAUGUUAAAUUUGAAAUGUAAAAAAACAAAACAUGAGACGCUUAUUAAUUCUCUUUAAACAAUUGCUUUUAGAGUUAAAGGAAGUUAACUUAAUUUUAAAUAUAUGAGAAAAAAUACACAGAGUAAAGAAAUGUAUUAAGUGAAGCUACCAGAAUUUAACUUAAGUGAAAUCAUAUGUUUAAAGAAAAAAUGGCGGAGAUAAGAAAAAAUAUUGCGCAAUAUUUCAACUUAUUUUUUAUGCCCCCCUUCGAAGAAGAGGGGGUAUAUUGCUUUGCUCAUGUCGGUCUGUCGGUCGGUCCGUCCACCAGGUGGUUGUCAGACGAUAACUCAAGAACGCUUGGGCCUAGGAUCAUGAAACUUCAUAGGUACAUUGAUCAUGACUCGCAGAUGACCCCUAUUGAUUUUGAGGUCACUAGGUCAAAGGUCAAGGUCACGGUGACCAGAAAUAGUAAAAUGGUUUUUGAAUGAUAACUCAAGAACGCAUACACCUAGGAUCAUAAAACUUCAUGGGUAGAUUGAUCAUGACUUGCAGAUGACCCCUAUUGAUUUUGAGGUCACUAGGUCAAAGGUCAAGGUCACGGUGACCCGAAAUAGUAAAAUGGUUUCCGGAUGAUAACUCAAGAACGCAUAUGCCUAGGAUCAUGAAACUUCAUGGGUAGAUUGAUCAUGACUCGCAGAUGACCCCUAUUGAUUUUGAGAUCACUAGGUCAAAGGUCAAGGUCACGGUGACCCGAAAUAGUAAAAAGGUUUUCGGAUGAUAACUCAAGAACGCAUACGCCUAGGAUCAUGAAACUUCAUAGGUAUAUUGAUCAUGACUUGCAGAUGACCCCUAUUGAUUUUGAGGUCACAAGGUCAAAGGUCAAGGUCACGGUGACCCGAAAUAGUAAAAUGAUUUUCGGAUGAUAACUCAAGAACGCUUUUGCCUAGGAUCAUGACACUUCAUAUGUACAUUGAUCGUGACCCGCAGAUGACCCCUAUUGAUUUUCAGGCCACUAGGUCAAAGGUCAAGGUCACAGUGACAAAAAUCGUAUUCACACAAUGGCUGCCACUACAACGAACAGUCCAUAUGGGGGGCAUGCAUGUUUUACAAACAGCCCUUGUUUAACUUAAGAAGCUACUGGAAUACGGCCCCAGGACAGUUUCUAUUGUUGAAGAUAUAGUUUUAGACAUCAGUAAUACAUUUGAUUUGCUAUAUUGAACAAUUUUCUAUCAUAUCAAAUAAGAGUAGGAUAUCAGUGAUGGUUAUUAUGCCCCCCCUUCGAAGAAGAGGGGGUAUAUUGCUUUGCUGAUGUCGGUCGGUCUGUCGGUCGGUCUGUCGGUCCGUCCACCAGGUGGUUGUCAGACGAUAACUCAAGAAUGCUUGGGCCUAGGAUCAUGAAACUUUAUAGGUACAUUGAUCAUGACUCGCAGAUGACCCCUAUUGAUUUUGAGGUCACUAGGUCAAAGGUCAAGGUCACGGUGACCCGAAAUAGUAAAAUGGUUUUUGAAUGAUAACUCAAGAACGAAUACGCCUAGGAUCAUGAAACUUCAUGGGUAGAUUGAUCAUGACUCGCAGAUGACCCCUAUUGAUUUUGAGGUCACUAGGUCAAAGGUCAAGGUCAUGGUGACCCGAAAUAGUAAAAUGGUUUCCGAAUGAUAACUCAAGAAUGCAUACGCCUAGGAUCAUGAAACUUCAUGGGUAGAUUGAUCAUGACUUGCGGAUGACCCCUAUUGAUUUUGAGGUCACUAAGACAAAGGUCAAGGUCACGGUGACCCAAAUAGUAAAAUGGUUUUCGGAUGAUAACUCAAGAACGCAUAUGCCUAGGAUCAUGAAACUUCAUAGGUAGAUUGAUCAUGACUCACAGAUGACCCCUAAAGAUUUUGAGGUCACAAGGUCAAAGGUCAAGGUCACGGUGACCCGAAAUAGUAAAAUGAUUUUCGGAUGAUAACUCAAGAACGCUUUUGCCUAGGAUCAUGACACUUCAUACGUACAUUGAUCGUGACUCGCAGAUGACCCCUAUUGAUUUUCAGGUCACUAGGUCAAAGGUCAAGGUCACAGUGACAAAAAACGUAUUCACACAAUGGCUGCCACUACAACGGACAGCCCAUAUGGGGGGCAUGCAUGUUUUACAAACAGCCCUUGUUUAUUGUAUAUUUUGUCCAAUAACAACAAUACUGCCAAUGUCUUUAAGAUACAUCGGUGGGUAUUUGUUCAAGAUUUGACAAGUCUCAAUACAUUUCUUGUACUUUUCGCCUUUUAUUGCGGAUAUGACCUUGUACCUAGGGACUGGUUUCAGUGUGAGCCACUUGGCAUGCUUGUCACUUCUGCAAUGUUAUUUCAAAAUCCUAAAAUUGACUGUUGAACAUUAUAUUAGAUGUUGACACAAGACCUACUAAACAUGACCAUAUGAAACAGUGGGGGAACAUUGACUAAAACAUGACUAUAUGAAACAGUGGGGGAACUUUGACUAAAACAUGACCAUAUGAAACAGUAGCGGAACAUUGACUAAGACAUUACCAUAUGGAACAGUGGGGAAAAUUUGACUAAGACAUUACCAUAUGAAACAGUGGGGAAAAUUUGACUAAGACAUGACCAUAUGAAACAGUGGGGAAAAUUUGACUAAGACAUGACCAUAUGAAACAGAAACGGAACUUUGACUAAGACAUGACCAUAUGAAACAGUUGGGGAACUUUGACUAAAACAUGACCAUAUGAAACAGUGGGUAACUUUGACUAAGACAUGACCAUAUGGCACAGUGGGGAACUUAGACUAAGACAUGACCAUAUGAAACAGUUGGGAAACUUUGACUAAAAUAUGAGUAUAUGGAACAGUAGGGAAAAUUUGACUAAGACAUGACCACAUGAAACAGUAGGGGAACUUUGACUAAGACAUGACCAUAUGAAACAGUGGGGGAACUUUGACUAAAACAAGACCAUAUGGAACAGUGGGGGAACUUUGACUAAGAUAUGACCAUAUGGAACAGUGGGGGAACUUUGACUAAGACAUGACCAUAUGAAACAGUAGGGGAACUUUGACUAAAACAUGACCAUAUGGAACAGUGGGGGGAAAUUUGACUAAGACAUCUCUAUAUGAAACAGUAUGGGAACUUUGACUGAGACAUGACCAUAUGGAACAGUAGGGGAACUUUGACUAAGACAUGACCAUAUGGAAUAGUGGGGGAACUUUGACUAUGACAUGACCAUAUCAAACAGUAGGGGAACUUUGAGUAAGACAUGACCAUAUGGAACAGUAGGGGAACUUUGACUAAGACAUGACCAUAUGGAACAGUGGGGGAACUUUGACUAAGACAUGUCCAUAUGGAACAGUGGGGGAAAUUUGACUAAGGCAUGACCAUAUGAAACCGUAGGAGAACUUUGACUAAGACAUGACCAUAUGGAACAGUAGGGGAACUUUGACUAAAACAUGACCAUAUGGAACAGUGGUGGAAAUUUGACUAAAACAUGACCAUAUGAAACAGUAAGGGAACUUUGACUAAGACAUGACCAUAUGGAACAGUAGGGGAACUUUGACUAAAACAUGACCAUAUAGAACAGUGGGGGAACUUUGACGAAGACAUGACCAUAUGAAACAGUAGGGGAACUUUGACUUAGACAUGACCAUAUGGAACAGUAGGGGAACUCUGACUAAGACGACCAUAUGGAACAGUGGGGGAACUUUGACUAAGACAUGACCAUAUGUAACAGUAAGGGAACUUUGACUAAAACAUGGCCAUAUGGAACAGUGGGGGAACUUUGACGAAGACAUGACCAUUUGAAACAUUGGGGAAAAUUUGACUAAGACAUGACCAUAUGAAACAGUAGGGGAACUUUGACUAAGACAUGACCAUAUGAACAGUGGGGGAACUUUGACUAAAACAUGACCAUAUGACAAACAACAACAACAUAACCUUUAUUAAGCUCAAAUCACAAAUAUAGUGACACAUGAGUAUACAGUGACAAUGCAUCUUUUACAAAGAGUUAUUAACAAUUGUGACAUGGUGUUAAACUUUACAUAGAAAAUAGUAAAGAGAAAGAGAAGUGGAGAUGAAAAAGGAUAUGAGACAUACAUUUGAAUUGAGUGGGGGAAUGAUGAUGUUGACCUGAGAAAUAAACAUUUUUUUGCCUUUGGCCUGAAUAACCUGUUUGUUUACAUGGAUUACUGAUACAGACUAUAGUUAUGGUUUUUCCAUUCGGUUCUAUUUAAAACCCGGUGAAUUUGAUUGGUUAAUUUAUUUUUUGUCUGCAGCCCUUCGCUGAUCUGUGUGUAAACCCUGGAAUUAGGUCAGAAAUGUGCGUUUUGUUUGUGUUUUCACUGUUUCCUCUGUAGAAUAAUCGUGGAGAGUGUUUCAUUUAUAGAUCGCAUAUUAACUAAACUUUCAAAAGUGACGUAUACAUUUACAUUUUGUAGACCGAAAUUGUCUGUUAAUGUAAUUCUACUUGGGAUUAAUUGGUGUGUAAUGUGUAAUUAAUUGGUAUGAAACAGUAGCGGAACUUUGACUUAGACAUGGCCAUAUGAAACAGUGGCGGAACUUUGACUAAGACAUGACCAUAUGGAACAGUGGGGGAACUUUGACUAAGACAUGACCAUAUGAAACAAUAGGGAACUUUGACUAAGACAUGACCAUAUGAAACAGUAGCGGAACUUUGACUAAGACAUGACCAUAUGAAACAGUGGGGGAACGUCGACUAAGACAUGACCAUAUGAAACAGUAGGGGAACUUUGACUAAAACAUGUACAUGAAACAGAA